AUGGACCUUCGCUCGGUUCUCAACACAUCGGAUAACGGCGAUCGCAGGCCGUCCAAAGCUCCGCCCACUCCUCAGCAGCAACCUCAAUCCAGGCCGUCGCAAAGUCCCGCUCCAUACGGCUACCGGGAAUAUGCACAAGCACCACCUCAUCCAUCUCCAGGCAAACCGGUAGGCCAAGAAUAUCCUGUCCAUGUUCAACAACAGCAACAGCAUCAGCCACCUAACCCGUAUCUCCCUUCGCCGUACCAGAAUGCCGGUCCGCAACAUGCAGCGCGUCCUUCGCAGGUUCAUCUUCCUCACCAUCCCGGAUCGUUUCAUGACCCACGGUCUCCUGGAGGAAUGCCUGCGCCAGCGCAGUCGCCCUACCGACUUGCACCUACCCCAAACCACAACCCUGAUGGUUCCUCAGGACACCCGUUUCCUCCGACUCAGGCUUCCCAAAUUAUGACGAGCCCACAUCAACGGCAUCAGCAUACCCCUGUAUAUUACGCUCAACAACCGCAAAAUCCGGAUGCGUAUCCGCAAAGGGAGGCUUCUCUUCCGCCGGGCAAUUAUGUCCAGCAACACCAACUCCAAGUCCCACAAACACCCCCGAUCAGCACUGCUACCGGUCCGUCGCAACAGUAUUUGCAUCAACGGUCUCAGUCUACACAAUCAACACCGACGCCCAACUCGACGCACAGCCAGCACCAAUUCGGUCCGCCGCAUGCCCACGGCAGCCCUGUUCAACCAACACGUGCGAAUUCUGAACACCGUCACCCUUCACAACCUCCCACUCCACUCGGUCCACCUCAAUCAACUGCUACCCGCCCACAUCCUGGACAACUGACGAGCUUGUCACAGCUUCCCAGUUCAUAUCAGCAAAGGAUGGCGUCUGUCAGCAACGGUCAGCCGCCACAAUCACCAGCGCAAGCAAAUGCGUCUCUCCGUCGAGUAUCGGGACCAACACAUAGGGAGUUGCCCGCCGGCCAGGCUCACCAACGAUCCAGAUCGCUUCAAUCGCGCGAACAAAGUCCCUCUGUCAGCCCCCGCACUCGAGUUACUUCGAUUGCUAGUAGCUCUGACCGAGUAAUGGUAUCCCCGGUCGACAAUGACAAAAAAGCACCUGCUCCUAAUUUCCCUUUUGAAGUCGACCGCGUGGUAACACCAGCCAAACGCAAGCUGGGCGACCGCUAUCUGAGCCCUAAAGAGCUGGAACAUAAAGAACCACGGCCACCACCUGGCGACGUCAAUGGCAGUGACGGUACCAAUGCAAAAUCGUCAUCGUCAUCGUCUUCCGCUUCUGCGUCGAAGAAGAAGCGUGUCUGCCGUUCACAACCCCCGAUUUGGGCUCAGGAUGCUGCUAUACUUGGCAUUAAAAUGCCAAAUCAAGCGAAUUUUGUUCUUCAGAAAAGGGCACAUUCGCACCUCAACGGCAGGAUGGAGAGCACCGGCAACUGUGGUAAAACGGAUCAGCCAAGCCGGCAUGCCUCGCCAGACGUCUUUAGGGCGUCCACGUCGGCAACAGCCAAACCGGCUUCUCUUCCGACUGCAGAGCCUGGGCCGCAAAGCAUUCUGGGACCAUGGGAGGCCAGCAUCACCGGUAUCAAACCAUAUGAGGAGAUGUCGAAGACGGUGGCCGACUUUAUUUUUAUUCACGUGGUUAACAACCCGGAUAUCAAGGAGAUCAUGAGCCGAGGUGUUCAGUUUGAAAUUGAAGCGAAGCUUGGCACCUUGAUUGAUAAAGACACAAAUUACAGAGUGGACAGGCUGCUAGACACGGAGUGCGUUCUUCAUGAUAAUGGCCGAGUUGCCUUCAGAAGUAGCAUGACAGAGGCACAUCACAAAGCAUUCAACGACUUUCUAAACCAGGUAGUGAUUCAGACGGACCCUCGAGCGCCUAAUGGCGCAGGUCGAGUUCAAGUACAUUAUAAGCACAGACGUGAAAUCGAUCGAUACUUUGAGCUCACACCGGAACUGCAGAGCCGACUUCCUGGGUGCGUGCGAUCAAGGCUGGGCUCUCGGGUCAGAAACGUGAAGGCCCGAGUGACAUAUGACCAAAAAACUGGGCAGGUUCUCAACAAGAUUGUCAAAGCAAGGGUGGCAGAUAUCGACAUACACAUGCCAACGAAUCCCAUGGAUUGCCGAUUAAGCAUCAACCUAGAAAUGGAUUGGGAUGGGCCAUCAGAGGAGCUGGAACAACUUGGACCCCCCCAAUUUGAUAAAUCAGGAGACAGACAAAAAGAUCGGCUGAGUUACACGCAGGGGCAUUACCAAAUCGAUCUGACUCAAGUGACUUUGUCGAAUGCAGGUCCUGGAAACACACAAAGAACUGACAAGGAACACGAGCUCGAGAUUGAACUAGCCUCCCCCAUUGUACUUGAUCAAGGUGCCAAGGCAAUGAGUGGAGCGCCUCACAGAUACCAGGAGCUGAUUGAAGGCUUCCUGGACAAUGUACGAGUGCUGGCGCGAAAAGCAAGGGAAUUCGGGUGA